AUGGCUUCGCCCAAGGUCCUGUCGCCAGCCUCACCUUCCGAGCUUCUUCACUACAUCAGGACCUAUCAGAUCUAUCCGACAACGCUCGUCAUCUGUUACUCCCAAGAGGAAUUCAUGCUUUCCCUCGUGGCAGACAUCAAGAGCCAGUUCACCCAAGAACAACUCCAAAACGCCGACGAAGACCCCCCUCAUCCUCUCUUCGCCAAACCAAUCUUCCAGCAAGUCAUCGCACGCCACAUUCGUGUUAUAUUCGUCCCAACCGUCACCCACCUCCGCGCCAACCUCUCAGUCUUCUCUCCUGCAGAUUCACCAACGCCAGCCCCCCCAAAUCUGCCCCCGCCGUCGGCUAAAGACAAACCGCCGUUGCUUCUCGUCUACGGCUUCAUGGACCUCCACAGGGACAGCAGUGAGUGGAGUGCCCAGGGUAUCAGUAACUCGGCUGCCAUCUUGGUGGAGGCAGCUCACCGCGCUGCUUUCAAGCCAAUCAUCGUCGAACCCAAAGGCGCUGGUCAACACCAAGAUUUCGAUUCUCUCUUGAGAGAGCCUGCGCCAAUACUGAGCGGAAGCUCAAAAAGGGACGAGGGCGGCUGGACCGGGAGGACAGUCGAGGUGAGACGCGUGCUUGGCAGAUGGUUUCGCUUUCAAGAGGGUCAGUGGGAUGUUGAGUGGCCAGAAAACAAGGAUUCUUCAUAG